GUUAUCAAUGGUUUAACCAAAGGAGUUUCGAUAUAUCUUUUGAAUUGAUUAAUUGAUUAAAUAAUUUUUCUGUUGGAAUCAACGCUAUAAAUCUAUGAGAAAUUACCAAAUGUGCAAAGUAGAACAAGGUUAACCUUUUUUUUCCGGUAGGAUUUCAAUGAAAAAUUCAAACUAGGCUCAACUAUGAUUAAUUACUAUAAUCGUCAACAUUGUAAAUAGAGAAAAAUGUCAUAUUAUUCGUGGGUUUGAACAAACAGCAAUCAGGGCCACUACAUGCAUGUGUAUCCAUGACAUUGACCAAUUAGAUAUAUUUCAUAAAGCCAUUGAAAAAGUAAGAAAAUAAAUCGAAAUUGAAGUUUAUUCGAAAUUACUUUAAUGAAAAAAAAGUUUUUCGGUGCAAGAAUCAAUAUUCCAAGUGUUCGAUAAAAAAAAAUCGUGUCAAGAAAACGCAUUAUAUAAAUAACGGUCUCUUGAGAUUGCGCCAUUCCAAAUCACUUGUCACAUCAGCCACUUACGUUCAGUUUACGUUAUACAAUUGCCAUAACAACGGGAUAAAUAAUGCAAUUAAAUGCGAUGUAAGCGCUAUCCUUUCUGUAAGUAAAGUUCUAAUUGGAAUUCAGAAACGAUUUGCAAUUCGUAUGUGAAAUAACCUUCAGUCACACAUAGUAUAAAAUUAAAGAAUUAAACACAUAAAACUCACAUUAAACAACUGUUUCACACGACCAUCGAAGACUCUGUGUUCCGACAAAGGAAAAAAAAUCAAUUUCCAAACAUAAAACAACCAAAAAACAACCUUUCUCAAAAGACUUUAACUCACUAAAAUGGUAGAUUAUUAGGACACGUAAAGAAACCACGGAUAUAUGUAAAUAUUAUAAACACAAAAUAAAAACAUCAUCAAGUUGAUCAAAUAAACGAUAACAAAACUAGUAAUUAGAAUUUUAAUCAGUUGUAAAUUGUUGACUGAAUGGCAUCAUUAAAGAGUUUUUUUCCCAUAGUAAAAUGACAAACUCGUGCAUGAAUAUUAAAAUCAAUAAAUAUAGUGUAUUUGGCACCAUUAUGACCAUUUUCAUAUUGCGUGUUUCAAAAUUAUUGAUAUGAUAAUUCGAUAUUCAAGUGAUAGUUUAGUUUCAAUGUGAUCGAAUUGUGACAAGUUCGGAAUACAAUUUUCAAUCUUCAGACAAUGUAAAAACGCAAAAACAAAAUAAAAACGUCCAAUGGCAAAGUUAUCGAUUACUGAAUUAUUCACAAUGUGCAUUAGAAAAAAAUUAAGUACAUCAAUAGGUUAUUCGGUUGGUAUAUGAAGUAAAAAAGUUCGAGCGGCUACCAUCGGAAAAACAGUUACGAAUCCGUAUAGAAAAUGAUGGUGCUUGAAUGUUCCGAAAAGUGAAUUAACAAAACCAAUUUUGUGGGCCGAAAAAUGAAUCGCUACAUGAUUUUAUCGCCAUUGGGCGAUGGCACCUAUGGCACGGUAAUGCUUGGUCAACGCAAAGACACUGGCGAAAAAGUGGCCAUCAAACGAAUGAAACGAAAGUACUAUUCGUGGGACGAGGCGAUGAGUUUGAGGGAAGUUAAGUCGCUGAAAAAACUAUCGCAUGCCAAUAUAGUUAAAUUGAAGGAAGUCAUACGUGAAAAUGAUAUCUUAUAUUUUGUCUUCGAACACAUGAAGGAAAAUUUGUAUCAAUUAAUCAAAGAGCGCGAUACGCAUUUUCCUGAAGGAUCCAUUCGAAAUAUUAUGUUUCAAGUUCUAAAUGGGCUAGCAUUUAUGCAUCGUCAUGGAUUCUUCCAUCGUGAUUUGAAGCCUGAAAAUUUACUCUGCUGUGGACCUGAACUCAUAAAAAUAGCUGAUUUUGGUUUAGCCAGAGAGAUACGCUCUCGGCCACCAUACACCGAUUAUGUUUCAACACGUUGGUAUCGAGCGCCAGAGGUUCUAUUGCAUUCAACCCGGUACGGUAGUGGUAUCGAUAUGUGGGCGAUGGGAUGUAUUCUAGCUGAAUUGUACACAUUUCGUCCACUCUUCCCCGGCAGCAGCGAAGUUGAUCAACUAUUCAAAAUCUGUUCGGUGUUGGGUACACCAGGAAAGAGUGAAUGGUCAGAUGGAUACCGUUUAGCGACCGCUAUCCAGUUUCGUUUCCCAGAAUGUCAAAAAGUCGAUUUGAAAUCCCUUAUACCUCGAGCUAGUGAUCCCGGUCAGCAGUUACUGAAUGAAUUUUUGUCAUGGGACUCCGACAAACGGCCGAGUGCGCAGCAAGCAUUAAAGUAUUCGUUUUUUCAAGUAGCGAAACGUGGAUCGGACCCAAUUCACGUUCCCUCGAUAUUGUUAGCCAAACAUCAACAGCAGCAACCGAUGCAUGGUCGAAAUCAAGGUUUUCACGAUGAUCACAUAUCACAUGCAUCGCUUGAUGAGACGGAAAGUAGUUAUCUAAAAGAUACGGCAAUCAACAAUCGACACUAUGACCAAUUCAAUUCAUUUUAUCGGCAUACGAAUGGCAUUAAACCAGCGAUGAACGACACGAAGCCGACGUCCGAAUAUCUGACUGAUGCGGAUCUAUCGCCGAAACGGAACAAACCUGAAAAUGGUAUAAAUUCUACUUUGUUUAAUGGCGAUCUAAAUAAAUACACAACUUCAUUAAAUAAUAAUUAUCAGUCAGAAGUGUCAAUGGACGACGUAGCUAGCAUUGAUCUAAAUCAUAAAAAUCCGUUUACAAGUAAUACAAGUGAUACGGGAUUCUCAUCGAUUGUAACAACGCGAAAUUCACAAAAUUCAUCGGUCGUUCAACCAAAUCACAUAAACGAUACAAAUGGACUAAAAUCAACGUUCAACUAUUCAAAAGCCAAUAAUGAGCUGCAUCAACGCAAGGACAUUGUAAAUGGGAUAAAUCAGCGUCGAAACAGCCGAAUUAUUGAACAAAAUCCAUUCCCCAGUGAAAAAAUUAGUGAUAUUUAUGUCAAUCGACACAUCGGAAAAUUGUAUGACAACCGUGGCAGCAGCAUUUACAAUAACAAAAUCUAUAAUGGUGUCGAUGAAAAUGUGGAAAACAGUACCUGGCAAAAAGAUUAUUUACAAAAGAACAAUACAUUUUUCUUACAUGAAAAUAAUUCGGGCAAUAAUUAUAAUGAAAACAGAGAUUCAAAAAUCUAUAACAUUUUCUCGAAGCAACGAAUUGUGAAACCAAUCAUUGUUGAUCAGACGAAAGGCGAUGAUGAGGAAAAUGGCUAUUUGUUGGUUAAAAUGAGCAGCGCUGCAAAAAUACCACCGAAGAAAAGUGUCGCAGUUAUGCGGGAAAAUCAGGAUGCGUUCGAAGAUAAAGAGCUGGAUAAACUUUUGGGCAACAAAGUGAAAUCAUCAAAGUACAGAUCAGACUCUCUAGCUACGAUACAUCUCGAAGAUUUAUUCGGCCCGAUUUCGAUUGAUAGCCGAGAAAACUCCUCCAAAUAUUAUCCAAAUACUGUUCCACAACCAAAAGUCUCGGCAUUGAAAACAUUUGGACUGACUAAUUAUGACACGUUCGAAGAUCGAAUCAAACCAACAGUAUUUUCUUCCGCCAAUGUUAACAAGGGUCGUAGGCGAUCACAUGAACUCGAUUCCAAUAGAACGAAUGCGAAUUUCAUGAAUGGUUUUGCCAAUAACGAUCCGUGGAAUGAUUUGAAAAAUGCGGAUCGUAUCAAUGCGUGGCUCACAGACAAAGUUCGCCAUGGCAUUUAAUUGCCUUAAGAUAUGUUUUCAUCCCAUCACCAGGCAAAGGGAACUUUUUUUAAAAGUCACUGAAGCACCUUGAGCGAUUUGGCCAAUAAAAUAUGGAUGUUGUGUUAUUUAACAAGAACUUAAUUUUUUGUACUUGACCAAACUUGUUCAUGAGAUAAAUAUAAAAAUGCAGAACUGUGAAUGUUCUCCACUAAAUAUAAAUAGAAAGUUCCAUUCAAAUGAAUUCCGAGCAAUUUUCAUUUUACCCAAGAAUUCUAAUCAAUAUAGUGAAAAGUAUUGUUGUUUAUAAAUAAAAUUCUGUUGCAGAACAUGUGAAAAAGUGAAAUUGAGACAUUUCUUUAUUAAAAAUAGAUGGUUAAA